GCUUAGCUCUACAAACCCACUUCCUUUUCCAUUGUCAAGCGGCAGUUCCAAACCCAAGCAAGACCGACAACAAGAUGAAGGUGUUUGUGUGCCUGAUUGCCUGUUUCAGCCUGGCCCAGUGCGGCUUCAUCGGAGGCGGCGGUAGCAGUGGCUGGUCAUCUGGAGGUGGCGGUGGCUGGUCCUCCGGCGGUGGAUCCGGCUGGUCCUCUGGCGGCGGCAGUGCCCCCACCAUCAUCAAGGUCAUUAGCGAGGAGGCCGGCCAUGGACACGGCGGCUGGGCAGGUGGCGGCUACUCUGGUGGCUAUUCCGGCGGACAUGGUGGCGCCGAGGAGUUGAAAAUCAUCAAGGUUAUCAGCGAAUCUGGCGGUCAUGGCCACAGUCACGAUCACGGUCACGGACAUGGUCACGGGGGCGAGGUGAAGAUUGUCAAGGUCAUCCAGGAGGAGGAUCACAGUCACGGUCACGGCUACGAUUACUCGAGCGGAGGACAUGGCGGCCAGGAGGAGAUCAAGAUCGUCAAGUUGAUCAGCUCGGGAGUUGCCAGUGGCGGACACUCCUCCGGAGGAUGGGCGCCAGCCGGUGGUUGGGCCUCAGGCGGCUCCGGUGGCGGCUGGUCCUCCUGGUAAGGACUUGUAAGAACAUUCCCCCAGCCAACCACCAGUCAGGCAUCAACUCCCUUGUUUCUGUUGUUGGAGUUUCUGCCACUUUGGUAUUGGCCUUUUCCAUUAUUUUUAAGACUAGCUCACGUUUUCUGUGUGUGAACAUUUUUUUCUCGUUAAUAGUUUAACAAAUAAACCACCAACAAUAUUAAAAACAA